AUGGCUGAGAACAAUUUCACUCAAGUGACCUUCUUUGUACUCUCUGGAUUUCCCGAUUACCCUGAACUACAAGUCAGCCUUUUCCUAAUAUUUCUCUUUAUCUACCUAUUCACUGUAUUGGGGAAUCUUGCGCUCAUCCUCUUAAUUACAACGGACUCUCAACUUCAUACUCCUAUGUAUUUUUUCCUCAGCAAUUUAGCAUUCAUUGAUGUAUUUUACUCCUCUACGGUAACACCCAAGGCAUUGGUAAAUUUCCAGUCCAGUGAGAAAACCAUCUCCUUUGUUGGCUGCUUUGCUCAAAUGUAUUUCUUUGUGAGUUUGGCAGGAAGUGAAUGUUUUCUUCUGGGCUCCAUGGCCUAUGACCGCUAUGUAGCAAUCUGCAACCCCUUAAUGUAUUCAGUAGUUAUGUCACAGGAAGUUUGUAACUGGUUGGCAGCAAUGCCAUACGUGAUUGCAUUUAUAAAUUCUUUGAUAACCAUCUGUGUGAUCAGCAGCUUGCCAUUCUGUGGUUCCAACAUCAACCAUUUCUUCUGUGACACCACAGCUCUUUUGGCUCUGUCCUGUGUGGAUAUUUUCAGCACAGAACUGAUGAUCUUCUUUCUAGCUGGCUUCACGAUCCUUUUUCCACUUUUUAUUAUUACUCUCACUUACAUCGCCAUCAUCUCAGCCAUCCUGAGGAUCCAGUCCGCAGCAGGCAGGAAGAAGGCCUUUUCCACGUGUGCCUCUCACCUCAUGGGGGUAACCAUCUUCUACGGCUCCCUGACGUUCACGUAUUUGCAGUCUGAUGACUCAUUAUCCCUGACCCAGGCACAGGUGGCCUCUGUGUUCUAUACCAUUGUCAUUCCAAUGCUGAAUCCCCUCAUCUAUAGUCUGAGGAACAAGGAUGUGAAAAAUGCCCUUCUGAGAGUCAUGCAUAGAAAACGUUUUCUGUAA